UUAAACAUAACUGAACAAGCUUUGGGAGCUCGAAAUCCAACCUGCUACAUAUAUAUCUAUCUUCCAGACAAUCAAACUUUAUUGUCUCUUCCACUCCUAUCAGCUGUUGGUCUGGGUUUUUUGUCUGCCAGGGUUUGUCGGGGAACCCCUCGCGUUUCUUUCAGUACGUGCUGGCACUUUUACAGCCCGUUGCCAGUGAGCCGUACCGGCAGAAGGUUACGAAGGUUACCCCGAGAAAGGGGAGUAGUUAGAAGAGACCCCGUGGUACGGUGGAAGACGCAUUGCACUUCAUGUGUGGUAGUGGUGGUUGCGUUUUACCAAUACACACCCUAAGUCACAUUGCAUGCAACUCAUUCGUGUUGGGCAAUCUGUGGCGUAAACAUCUUGGAAGUUUUCGGAGUAAGGAUUACCUCACGACACCAAGCCAGAGACCGGAAGUCAAAACGUGGAAAGUUCUCUCUCAAACUUGACAUUUCGUUUCUGAGAACUGUCAUUAAAAACCUCAAGUUGUAAGUGAAGUUUUUCAAACUGUGAUUCCUGAACUGUCCCAGCAAUGGCUGGCUUGCACCGCUGCAACAGCCUACCCCAUUUUCCAUCUAAGUUCACCUCUGGGCAUACAGCUAUGCACUUUGUUCGACUGUCACUUCUGACCAUAUUCUUGUGUGUCAUUCUACCGCCUUCACAAUUCUCCGCUGCCCAGACAACAGUAGGGACAACAGAACUUGAUCCAGGGUUUACAGAGAUCGUCACUGUGUAUGUCACCGAGUACGAGGAUGAAGAAAUCACCGAGAACCCACAAAUCCCGGCAGAGGAUUCCACGAAUGCGCCUUGCAAUGAACCAACGUCAACGCCCGAAACUGAGAUUCCGGGGUCGACUAUGGACAUUCAGUUUUCAAUCAUCAACAUGAAUAUGAGUGAUAUAAAGCAGCAAAGCGAAGAGAAUGUGCUCAGGGAUCAGCUUGUUGUUGAGAUCAAACGCAUGUACUCGGAUUACAACAAAUUAAAAGCUGCAACAGUGACGAAUUUACGACAAGGCAGCAUUAUUGUGGAUGUCAAACUGGAAUUUUCUGAGGCCCUCAACGUUCAAGAACGAGAUGAGGUUGUCACAAUUCUGUACAAGAACAUUGUUCUAAAUGGAACGUUUGGAGAGCUUCUAAUCGAAGGCUUAAAAGUCUUAAAUAAUGAAGGCGAACCAAAAGACAUCAAUAACGCAUGUGACAUCACACCUUGCCUGCGAGACGACAUGAAAUGUUACUCCGUGGGGACUAGUUGCAAGUCUACUUGUGCUGGCAACAAGGGUUAUUGUCUCAAUGACGGCGAAUGUCACGAGAACAAUAAUUAUAUUAUGUGCAAAUGCAAGGGAGAAAACUUCGGUGACCGUUGUGACAAGACCCCCAGGCCACCUUCUUCAAACAUGCGAAAUGAAAACGCUUAUAUUGGUAUUAUAGCAGCUGCUGGGAUCGCUGUUUUACUUCUACUGGUGCUGAUUGUUGGUUGUGGUUUCAGUCGUUUCUCUACCAUGGGAAAGGAAUCCGACAAAUCCAAGUUGGUUCCUGUUGAUAAGAAUACCGUGGCAUUGGAGAUGCUGGACGAACCACCUUCUGCCGUUGGGGGCGUCGCUUGUCAGACUAUGGAAUCCUUCCUGCUGUCGAAAUACAUGAGGAAUGGUGUGCCGCCCAAACCAGGUUUUCAGCACGAGGAAAUGCAGACCAUCGAUUCAUUCCUGAUGGCAAAGGCAGAGCGAGAACGGCAGCCAGCUACCCCCGUCAACACCCCGAAUGGUACAGGGGUCCAGCCUCCGAUCGCCCCGGUAGUAGCACCUUCCGAUGAGCCGCAAGAGCCCGGGGUUGACGCUCCGGACAAUGGUAUCUCAAACGAGGCGUUCUUGGAGGAUGAAGGGGAGAUCGUCCCGACCGCUGAUGCCGAGAAUGGCGAGCCGGACAUGGAAGGGAAAUCUGGGGUGGCAAAGAAGAUAAUCAAAGUAUAAAAGAUUUUUGUUGCGAUUAUUCUUGCCAUAACAGCACUUCUUUUUAUUUUUCUUCCUGUGAAGAUGUUUUCCUCCAGUUACAAGUUUGUUGGGAGAAGGCGUUACAUUUUUAUAAAAUGUUUGGGUCCAUUUUAAUAAUAACACCUUCCCAUGUAUGACUUUAUUAUAGUCUGUCCUUUAGAUUAUAGGUCUAGACCUAAACAGAAACAUGGUAACUUUGGCUCUGGCUUCGGUUCCAACUUAAAUCUGGUCAGGGCUUAUGAAGCCACUAUGCAGACAGUGCUGGUUUUAAGAAGCAACUACUGGAAGUCAGAGUCCGCAAAAGCCGUUUUUCGAAAAGACCCGCCGACUUUUGAAAGUAGAUUGAGCCCUCUCCUAACAAUUCAAUGGUUGUAGGAAUAGUAUACAGGGUACCCGUCCAAGUGAUCUCAUUUAUGGAAAGCAUGACAUGCCCCAUAUAAGAGCAGAGGGUACCCCCCCCCCCCAACCA